AUGACAUCCACGCUUUCUAGAGAAGUAAAAUCGCUGUUCAAAUCUUUCCGUUCUGCUCCUCCCGAGGGUAGCCAUCGCCCUGAUGCCGUCUUGAAACAUGCCGAAAUCACGGGCAACACCUCAGGGACUUCCUCUGCUGCUCCAUCACCAACUUUGUCGACAACUUCCUUCGAGCAACCUAUCCUGAUCGAACUUUUCCAAAGCCAAGGCUGCAACUCCUGUCCUCCCACUAACGACAAUCUCAUCUCCUUUGUGCAAUCCCACCAGUCUUCGAACCAAGAUGCCUCGCCACCUCGCUUUUACGCCAGCCGAUCUCCAUCCUCUUCCCCAACCGCCCUCCCAAAUUCGUCUCCAGAGCCAGAAUACUUGUUGCUCACAUACCAAGUAACCUAUUGGAAUUAUCUUGGCUGGGAAGACACUUUCAGCUUACCCAUCAACGACAUCCGCCAACGAGAAUAUGUAAGGAGGAUGGGCAUGCGUGGGGCGUACACACCAAUGGUGGUGGUCAACGGGCGAGGCGUCGGCGUGGGCAACACCAAGGAGGAUCUGGAGCGGAUUGUACGGGCAGGUCGAAAGCCCGCGGGCGAGACAGAAAAGGUGGGCAUCAAGAGAAUUCUAGCAGAGCAAAAGGACGGAGAGCUGGGGGUCGAAAUCGACGCAACAAGCCUUCCACCGCCAUACUCGGCAUCUCUGGCCCAAAAUCUCGAGGUGUGGGAAAUAACGUACACACCCAGCUCACAAGACGUGCAUAUCCCCAGGGGCGAGAAUGCCGGGCGCACGCUCCCACAUCUCAACGUGGUCAAGGACGUGCGAAAGAUUGGCUCCCUUGAGCGUGGGACAAAGCAGCGCUUUCAAGUCCAGUGGCAAAGUAAUGAGAGGCGCGCCAGCCUGGGGCCAGGGAAGGUGGUGAUUGUGCAGGAUGGGAAGGGUGGUGGGAUUUGCGGUGUGUUGAAGCUGUGA